AUGUCGUCGCCGACGAAAGCCAAAGUUCGCAAACCGCACCGCAAGCUGAGACUCGGGUGCCUGACGUGCAAAGCCCGCAAAAUCAAGUGCCUGGAGACGAUGCCCAAGUGCCACCAAUGUAUGAAAUCCGGUAGGCGGUGUGGGUUUGAGGAUAUGGACGAGGAGACCAAAGCUAAUCACCGAGCGGCGCAGCGACUCAACGAGGCGAUUGCUAACUCUAGGGUAGAUGUCAGCCCUAAGGAAAAUGGUCAACCGGUUAAUACCAAAGAUACUGUUAAUGGUGGUGGUGGUGGGACCAAAAAACCGUCAAUUCUGGUCGAUACAGGCUCACUGCGAGUGAACCCGUUAAUCACCCAAAUGUCACCCAAUUUAACACCACUGCAACUGGAAACAAGCCAUCUUAGCCCCUGGAUCGAUACCCAGGACUUCUAUUCGAGUGACCGGCUGCCUACCAGUCAAAAUGGUAGUCAACACGGUAGCUAUACUGGCAGUCAAACUGAUAGCCAAUUGGUGCUGCCGGUGAGUCCCAUGAUUACGAACGACGAUGAUGAGAUAAUCAAGUACUUUGAGAGCGAAUGGCUGCGACUAGCCCCGCCAAACCCCUCGCAAAACGGGUACGCCGACUACACCGGCUACAACUCCUAUAACUAA